AUGAGAGUGUUGGUUUAUCCACAUACGUUGCAUGGAGGUGAGGUCCAUACCCUCGGUAUUAACAACUCCAAUACCCAUCUCUUAUCAGCUGGGAAAGAUGGAACCAUUUCAGUAUGGAAUGUGUCGGACUUUGUGAAGUUCAAUAAAGUCGACUACUCAGAAAUAAAAGCUAAUCUUGAAAACCACACAUUUCAACAAAAUUACACAUACCAUACGUCGCCAGUAAAAACAGUGGUUUGGUCGCCUGUUGAUGAUGAUGCAUUUAUCUCAGGUGAUGCCAAUGGCACGAUUUAUAUGAAUAAUGUCAAGAAGAACGAGCCCGCCAAGGUAUAUCCUUUCAGACAAAAUGAGCAAGCUUCUGCCAUAGUAGACUUGACAUGGUCUGUUGACGGCCGUUUGAUAUGUUGGAGUACUGUCGAUGGCAAAGUACACAUUCUUGAUCUCACUCGUCGAACUUAUCAAGAACUUACUCUGCUCGUGAAGGCUGAAAAAUUGGUACCUCAAAGAAGCCUUGCAUUUGAUCCUACAAACAAAUACCUCAUCACCGUUGGUGAUGAUACAGUGAUCUAUAUCUAUCAAUUUCAGUACAUUCCCCACUCCAAAAACUACCAAUUCAAGAUUUUGCAUCACAUAACCAGAUUGAUAAAUGAACCCAAUAUUCAUGUCAACUAUAGCCGAAUUUCAUGGUCUCCAGGUGGUGAGUUUGUUUCUAUACCGAGUUCGAGCAAGAAUAAAACUACUUUAAUCACCAUUCUUUCCAAACUCCUGGGUUGGUCCAACUCCUUCAGCUUGGUUGGACAUGGAACUGAGUGUGAAGUGGUAAGAUUUAGUCCCCAAGUGUUUGAAAAACUCGAACCAGAGGACUCAGAUCUUGGAUUCUCCAAUGUAAUAGCCACAUCUGGAUCCGACCAAACUUUAGCAUUAUGGAAUACCAGUAAGCGGUCUCCAAUUUUUGUUCUUCAAGAUGCUGUCAAAGGUGCAAUAGUAGAUAUAUGCUGGGAGCGUAAUGGGAGAUCUUUGUUUCUUGCUUCAAUGGAUGGAAACAUCACUGUGGUGACAUUUGAAGAAAAAGAGUUGGGAAUACCGCUUACAGACGAAAAGAUAAAGGAAUUAACCGUACCGGAUCCUAUUGAUCCUAAAUCUUUCAACACUAAGAUUGAACAGUCCAGUGGUUCUAGAAGAACUAAUAACACUGUAGAUAUUUUGGAAGGCAAAGAUGCAAUUUCUGCUGAUGUUCAUGAUAACAAACCGACUGAAGAGCAAAUUCCCAAAUCCAAUGAAGUCAACGGAAAACAAGACUUAGUAACUGAGAAUAUCAUAGCCAGUUUCACGCCCGAUGUAAUUCCCCCUCCAGAUUUGACUAAUGCCAACACUGUUGAUGAUAUUCUUGACUCAGCUAUGGAAGGAAGCUCUUCAAAAGAUAACAAAAACUCCAGCAAUGGAACACUUGUUAAUAAGCUUGAGGUGAGCAAACAAAAGGUCACCACCAAGAAUGGUAAAAAGAGAAUCCAACCAGUCCUUGUCAGUGGUAAUAAGGACGCUUCAAAUAAUAAUUCCAUUCAAAAUACCAUUGAAGUAAAAAUCGGAUCUAAAACGGGAUCAGUUCCCAAACACAUGAUGGAACUUGAUAAACCCUCAUUCAACGUUUCCGACGAAUUCUACAAACAAGUAAAGAGACAAAAAGUCAAUGACGAUACCACCAAAAAGCAGAAACGAGAACUUGAACCAGUUAAAUUCAUUGGCUCAGUGGUGGUCAAUCCGAAUACUACUUUCUCCAAAACAAGACUCGCAACUCCUAAGGUGAGACUUGGUUUUCUGAUAUCAAGUGCCAUUGAAAACGAUGAAUCCUUUGUUCUUGACGUUAAGAAUGGAAGUGGCAAUGAUGCUAGACCAUCCAGAAUUACUUAUUUCAGGAAAGACAAGCAAAUCUGGACAGAUUUCAUUCCCAAAUUCAUUCAUUUGGUUUCUGAAGGACUGUCAUUCUGGGCUGUAAGUACAAAUGAUGGUACUGUUCUCACCUAUUCACAUACUUCGGGUAAGAGGUUAUUACCCCCCAUUGUGUUAGGCUCUCCAUUAUCAUUUUUGGAAAGUCAUGGGAAGUUCUUGAUGGCUGUUACCAAUAUUGGAGAGCUAUAUGUCUGGGAUAUCGAUGCCAAAAAGUUACAUUUAAACUCGCCUCUGGGUGUCAAUGUAUUGCUUGAAAACAAUACUAAAUACCUCGAUGAAGGAUUGUCAAGGUCUGACAAGAUCACUCUAUGUUCGAUCACGUCUGUUGGUAUUCCCUUGAUUACUCUCUCUAAUGGUUCAGGGUAUUUGUUCAAUAUUGACUUAGGUGCGUGGCAAACUAUUACAGAAAGCUGGUGGGCAUUUGGAUCACACUACUGGAACUCAUUAAGUGGUGAAAAUGGUAAUAGGCCGCAGUCUGCCAAUUUGUUUGGCAAUGAGGAAGAUGGCGAGUCAAUCAUGAGUCUUUUGGAAAAUAAGACUAAUGAAGAAAUUAUCAGAGGUAGUAGGACCGGCAGAGGCAAAUUCUUUAAUAAAAUCUCGAAGAAUAUGAUGAUGAAGGAAGGCUUCGAGAAUCUUGAAAACACUAUAUCUGUGAGUCAUUUGGAAAACCGAAUUCUAUGCUGUGAAAUACUAGGAGAAAAGAAGGAUUUUCAUGAGUUCUUCAUCUCCUACGUGAAACGAAUUUGCGAGUUGGGACUUAAAGCGAAGGUGUUCGAAAUUUGCAGCCAACUUCUAGGUCCGGAAGCUGCAGAGGAAGAUGAAGAUGAAGAUGAAAUAAUCGAGACAACCUGGGAUCCCAAAAUCUGUGGUUUGGAUAAGCAUGAGUUAUUGAAGGAAGUUAUACUCAACUGCAGUCAAUUAAGAGACUCACAAAGAAUCUUGACAUAUUUUGCUCAAAAAAUAGGGUUAUUGUGAUGUCUAUUAUUUUAGUAUGUACAAGUAUUAAUCUAAUUCGAUAAUUUAAAAGUAUUGGCAUUGUUCCAUUCUUUCUGGCCAAGGAGUCCUUUAACUUCUCCCUGUUCAUUGGCAACUUUAUCCAAUGGCCCAGCAACAUAGUCCACGUAACCGUCUGGGCCACAGACUACUGCAAGACUAGACAGUUUUUUGGGUUGUUUGCUAGUAACUUUAGCUUGUUCAAUAGCUGAUCCGUAAUGAACGAUAGUUUUAUCGAACUGCUCUAAUUUUUUCUCGAGUUCUUCAUCCACCUUGGUGUCAUUGUCAUUAUCCAAGAUACUUUUACGUAACUUCAAAGCAUCUUCAGCCGUGAGU